AUGAAGGUCUCACAAGCCCCUCGCCCCCUCCCCCCUCCCGGCCCCAACACCUGGGACCCAGACCCACUCCGGGAGGAGAGUCGGGCCGAGUGUCGGGCCGAGUCUCACCCCUCCCUGCCCCCAGGCUCCCACUCCCUGAGGAAUUUCUACACCGGGGUGUCUCAGCCUGGCCGCAGGGAGCCCCCCUUCAUCUCUGUCGGCUACGUGGACGACACGCAUUUCGUGCGGUUCGACAGCGACGCCCCGAAUCCGAGGAUGGAGCCGUGGGCGCCGUGGGUGGAGCAGAAGGGGCCGGAGUAUUGGGAUCGGAACCCGCGGAUCUACAAGCACCACGCACAGACUUUCCGAGUGAACCUGAACACCCUGUGCGGCUACUACAACCAGAGUGAGGCCGAACCUCUUCAGCCCACCGUCCUCAUGGCAUCAUUGUUGGCCUGGUUCUCUUGGUGGUCACUGGAGCUGUGGUGGCUGGAGCUGUGAUCUGGUGGAAGAAGC